GCAAGUUAUUCUAUCUUUCUCCCUUAAAAAGACCUUCUCACAUCAGUAAUUCUCCGUAAUCUAACCACACCUGGACCACAAAAUAGUAUAUUUUGUAUCGUUCAAUCUUUUCCAGUAAAUAUGCAAUCUCGUUUCAAUUUGUCACCAAGGAUCUUGUUACUAUGUUUAACACUUUUAUCAGGGACAAAAUGGUCGGACUCAGCUCGUGUAUUCACGAUCGUGAACUCAUGUAACCAAGUAGUCUGGCCGGCGAUAACACCCGGAGAGAGCUUCAAUGGCGGAGGCUUCGAGCUCAAACCGGGCCAAUCCAUGGUAUUCAACGCACCAGUAGGCUGGUCAGGUCGAAUAUGGGGACGAACCGGCUGCAAUUUCGACAAAACCGGAACCGGAACUUGUGAAACCGGUUCAUGCGGCUCGACCCUAAAAUGCUCAGCCUCCGGAAAACCACCAGCUUCACUGGCUGAGUUCACGUUAGCUACACCGGAUUUCUACGACGUGAGCCUCGUCGACGGAUUUAAUCUCCCGAUGUCCGUUACUCCAUUGAACGGGAAAGGAAAUUGCAGCGUUGCCGGUUGCGUCGCCGACCUGAGGCCAAAGUGUCCGCGGGAGCUGGCCGUGAAAUCUAACGGGAAGGUGAUAUCGUGUAGGAGCGCUUGUGAUGUGUUCGAUAAAGAUGAAUAUUGUUGUAGAGGAGUUUAUGGGAACCCUUCAACGUGUCGACCAACUUAUUACUCGAAACUGUUCAAGGAAGCUUGCCCUACUUCUUACAGCUACGCUUAUGAUGAUCCGACCAGUAUCUUCACUUGUUCCGGCACUGAUUACGUCGUCUCUUUCUGUUCCGCCAAGAAGAAGCCGGUGUGCACAUACCAUGACAACAAGUUGGUGUGCAGCGAUGGUUCUGGUUCUAGUGGAUUCAGGACGAUGAUUGGGGGACUGUGGCUUGUUCCUUUGUUGUCGCUUGUUGUUUUUUUAACCAAUGUUAUCUUGCCUAAUUUGUAACUCUGUUUUUAGAUAAACAAGUUUUUUUCUCUUCAGAAGAAAAUUUCUCAUUUGUUUAUUUGUUUUCAUGUAUUAAUAUAAAGCAAUAUGUAAAUAUAAGGUUGAUUUGGGUGUGAAAAGAAAUACAAAACAGUGAAUAAAUAA